UCUCUCUCUCUCUGUCUUCUCUCUGCGGAAAUGGAGCAGAUUAGCGGAGGGGAUACGACGAAGAAGACGAUGGAUUCUCUGAGACUGAUGGUCGAGAAAGAGAUCCAUGAACAGCGACAGAGAAUCGAGUCCUUCACAACUUUGCCGUUCCAGAGAUCCAUGGAUUCGUUAGUGGAGCGAGCACAAGCCACCGCUCGAAGCCAAGUGGAACUUGCAAAGAUGAAAGCGGAAUUGAGAGAAGCAGAGGACGAACUCGUUAGAGUCUUGGCAGUGAAGACACGUAAAGAGGCGAGGCAAAUGGGGAUAAGGGAUAUCAUAUCUGCUACAAAAUCUAGAAUCGAAGUGCUUAGAAGAACUGUACAAUUACAGAAGGCUAAGAAGGAUGAAUAUGUGGCUGUUAUCUCACAACAAUUGCAAGCCUUAGAAACUUCCAAAGAGAAUGUUGGUAAAGACAUUGAAGACAAAGGAGAUAUCGAAGAAGCCAUCUCUUGGUACAAUCGGGUUCUUGGUUUUCAUGUUGAAGCAGGACAUGGAGUAAAAUUCAAAUUCACCAAUGUUGAUGCAAGCAAUCCAAACCGCGAAUACUCGAUCACAAUUCACUAUGGAAAUAACAUAUACACAUUAUUGGAUUGCAACCCUCAAAUGAACGACAUCAAAGAGCUGGUUCAGGAGUUGAACGACACCAACGACCUUUUCAGAUUUGUUCGGUUGAUGAGAGAGAAAUUUCUGAAAGCUACAUUACCUGGGUUGUUGCCAACACAGUCAGAAAAUAUACAUCAGGAAUCUUCGAUGAUAUCUAUUUCUGCGCCCGUGACAUCGUCUUCCAUUGACACAAGCAGCAUGUCUACACCGGAGAGCAAAGAAUCUCGGGCUCUUCAUGAAGUGAAUCGGCAACACAAAAGAGCUAGUUAUGGGACACCGGUUGCAUCUCCCGCAUCUUCUUGUCGUCGUUCUUCACGUCUUAAGGCUAAGAAAUGAAGUUAAUGAAACACUUUCGCAAGCUGGUUUGAAGGAAUACCACCAAAAUGUUAAUGCGGAGACUUGUCAACACUUUUGUUGUUCGGAUGAAUGAAUUCAUGUAAUCACGACGUAAUCUUACUCAAACCAAUAUGAUUUACGCUUUUA